GCAUUUACUUCCUCAGAGCUUGAGUGGUGCCUCGUCAGGGAGAGUACACAGCUCUCUGACAGAAUAUAAAAUAUGUACUUUUAUUAGGACAAUAUGUUGUUUUAAGUUUAGGUUUUUCCCAAGACGGGGUCUGCAAACAGCUUGCCAUGGUUGUUUUGUCUUUAGUACUCAUUCUACAAAGUUUCCUAAUUUGGUUAGUUAGCUAGAUUUUUCGGCCUGUGUAUAAUUCACCGAUAUUUUGGCCUUUCUAAACAGGCAUCUAAAUUGAUUUCCAUUCAAGGAACUUAUCAUUGGAUUUACCUUGUAAGGAUGGAUUUGGAAAACGUUACUAAAGAUUUCGGUCCAGUCACCAGUCGCUUGACCAGCAGACCCGACAGAGUCCCGGGCCUUUCCUCCAUGUCGGACACGGUGAUGACCUCGCCUUGCAUCAACCUCUUCUCUCCUGGACCCACACGUCUACUGUCUCCCGUCACUAAUCUGGCCCUAAACAUGAACAAUCUAGCUGGACUUGGGAGCCAACCGUGUGAUACUCCAAAGCGGAAACAACGUGUUCCCCUUCUGAAGAUUCCUUCCGUCGCCUCUGACUGCUCCUCUGAUGCAGGUCUUGGUAUGGAUUCCCCCAGCCCCAUGGACCCCAUCCACGUUGAGGAGACGUUUGAGAAGGCCGUUCUCCAGUCUGGAAGAGUUGUCAAUGAAAACAUGCCAAUCCGAAGAAUCAACUCUCUGCCUCUGCAGCUGCUGGACUUCAGCCCGGCUCUGAAAGGUCUGGUCCCCGGGAGCCAGAGUCAGCAGCGCCAUGGGGCCUUUGGACGGCACGGUUCAGCCCAGGAUACAGCCACCUCCUCUGGGCACAGCGGUCACGGUGGACAGGGAAACAAGGAGAACCAGGAAAGCUUUGAGUUUAAGAAGCCCACCAAGCCCAUGUCACCCUGCCGUAUGAGGUCCUUCCAUAGUGAAGGAGAGGAGGAGAACAAGGACUUUGCCCCCUGGCCCAAGGAUUUUGGCCCAGCGCUCGUGCUAUCUCCGUCCCAACGCUCAUUGGAUGACAGAAGACCCACCUUCCCGCAUCGCUGCUCCCUUGACGAUGACGGUUUCCUUGACGUUCUGGAUGACUGUGAGGAGGAGUGUGACAUGCCCAUGGGGAUGUCCAGCCUGCUGACCGCUCCGCUUGUGAGGGACCGCACCACGCCAGGAGAUGACUCGCCGGUGGUUCGUUGUCGGCCUCGGGGUCUAUUCCGCUCGCCCUCCAUGCCCAGCCAGGCGAACCGCACACCUCUGAAGCGCCCCCAGGACGAGAACACGCCGGUCAGAGUGAAGAGACGACGCAGCCUGGCGGAAACUCAUGGCACCACCAUGGACCAGGACGACAGCUCUCCCAGCAAGAUGGUCUGUUCUGAGCGCCACAUACAACGUUCCAAAUCAUUCUGUAACCACACAGAGAUUGAGAAGCUGCUGGACAAGGAGCUAAUUGGCGAUUUCACCAAAUCCUUCGCCCUGUCUACCGUGGAGGGAAAACACCAGGACCUCAAAUACAUCACUCCUGAGAUGAUGGUGUCCGCUCUGAGCGGCCAGCUGCAUCACGUUGUCGAGAGGAUCGUGGUGAUUGACUGUCGCUACCCGUAUGAGUUUGAGGGGGGCCACAUCAAAGGAGCCCUGAACCUCUACCAGGAGGAGCAGGUAGAGGAGUACCUCCUACGCACCCCCAUCGCCCCCGUCUCCCCUGACCACAGGGUCCUCCUCGUCUUCCACUGUGAGUUCUCCUCGGAGCGAGGGCCCGGGAUGUGUCGUUUCGUACGUCGGAGGGACAGGGCGAUGAACGAGUACCCUAACCUGCACUACCCAGAGCUCUACGUCCUCAAGGGAGGCUACCAGGAGUUCUUCCGUCACUUCCGGGUAAAACACAAUCAUAGAUGACAAAACGUUUUCAUCUCUAGAAUCAGAGGUGUGCUCAUUGAAAUGAUCGUUAC